GUGAGAAGAGGGAAGGCCCAGGAAUACCGCUACUCAAGGUGGCCGCGCAGCUUCCUGGCGGGCACCACCGCCAGGGCUCGAGUCAGGCAGGGCCGGUGUUGGAAGCCGGCUGUGGGGCUCCGUGGCUGAGCGCUCUUGGCGAAGUCGGGUACCCUCCCUGUGAUCAGCAGUCACACCUGGCGAGAAUGCGCAUCUCACAGGAAUGCUGGGCGAGGACUUGAGAAGAUGUGCCAGGACAGGAAAAGGAGGGGACAUCUUAACAUGGAAGAACUCUGCAAUGAAAAUGAAGCAGUGCCUGAGAAGCAAGUAAAGAUGGAAAACCAAGAACAGCCACAGGAUGCGGGAAAGCCAGCAAUAGCUGGUACUCUGGAUGACAAGAAGUUAGAAAAUGAGGAAAAGAUAGAAAACAAGAGAAAGACAGAAGAUGAGGAAAUACUUAAAGAUAAGGAAGAGCCAGAGGAGGGAAAGCCAAAAGAAGAGGGAAAGCCAGAGAGCCAGGAAAAACCAAAAGAAGAAGGAAAACCAGAGAAUGAGGGAAAACCAAAAGAGGAAGGAAAACCAGCCAGUGAACCAAGGGCUGCAGGAAAGCGCCCAGCUAGGGAUGAUGUACCCAGGAAAGCCAAAAGAAAAACCAACAAGGGGCUGGCUCAGUGCCUCAAGGUGUACAAGGAAGCCGUUCAUGAUAUGCAUUUGAGCAAUGAGGAGAUAAGAGAAUUUGACGAGAUGGCUAGGGGCGAGGAUAAGGUGAAGAAAACCAGACAGAAAUUGGGGGGAGAGAGGUUAUGUGGAUGGAAAAAAGUUUACAGGACCCCUACCACCUGAGGGGCCCAAGGGAACUCUGGGGUGGCCACAGGGCCCCACAAAGGGUCUUUGAAGGCAUUCCUUUAGUGUAGUGUUUGGCAGGCAUUUGCCAGGCUCUGGGCUUUAACCUUAUGCUAAUACUUUGCUUUAGGUGUCAAAUCUUGUUGCCAGCAGCCUUUUGACCCAAAAAGAACACUCUUAUCAGUAGGGAAUUUUCACCCAUGUGCACUGCAAAGGCAUUAUGAUGCUUGGAAAAAUAAAGCAGCUUAUAUCAUCUACAGAAUCAGUUCACUUUUGUAAAAAACAUAAAUUUAUAUAGUACAUCUAUGCCCAAGAAAAAUGGAAAAUUUUUUUCACUAAAAGGUUAACAAUGUUUUUUCUGAGUUGUGAGGUUGUGGGCAAUUUAUCUUCUUUGUGUAUUUUCUACUCAUCUGUUUAUUUUUCCCUAAAAACCACACAUUACUUUUCUCAUAAAGAAAUACUAAAACACAAAAAAAGGAAAACAAUGCAUAAAAUAGCAAUACAAAGAGAACUGUUCAGUGAGUUUUAAAGGCAGUGGAGGCAAAAUUCUUGUCAGAACUUAAAAAUAUGUAAAACUCACAUUAUCCCUGGGACUCAUAUCUAGAGGAAUCAACCUGGUAGUUAUAACAGAUUCAUUAUUGUAAAGACCAGUCUUUUUAUCUGUGCAAUGGGGAUCAUACUUGCCUCACAGAAUUGCCGGGUGGAUUAGAUGAGGUACUUAAUAUGGGAGCUGUGUUGGGCUGGUCUCUACCUUUCCUCCUACACUAGCAGGACCAGAAACCCAUCAGACACUUGAAGGAGGGUUGAGGUACAUCUCACCUGUGCCCAGGAAUAAGUACAGGAAGCCAGAAGGUGGGUGUCACCCUCCACUGGAUAGUCAGGUCUGCUGUGCACUCUGCUUCUCAUGAGUCUUGUUUCCUCUUAAGGCCCCCACUGCUGCUGAUGGGCGAAUAUCCUCAAGGCGACAAAGCCCAGGUGAUUUCCCUGGAGUCCACAGUGAGCCCCAAACCUGCGCCAGCCAUGACACCUAUAGAAGUAAGGAUAAAUCUCUUUUCUUCAUACUUAUGCUUACGCAAGUGGGUAACACCUCAAUGAUGUUUCAGCCUCUAAUGGAUUUCAGAUUUUUUAGUAAAACAAUCCUUUCUGCAUUUGUUGUUUUGUAAGUGUGUUUUUGUAUAUAGUCAUUUCUCCACCAGAUUCAGUUAUGGGAGGCUGGGAUAAAAUCUGAGUGGUACACAGUUUUUCUCAUCUGUCAGUGCCUUAUCUGCUUGAUUCCUCUUUCCUUAGAGGAAAUGAUCUCCUGGGAAAUUCCUGCCAGGUCCCACCUUAUAAGGUUUGCACACCUACCUACACUUGUGGUUUUUUAGAGCAUUGCUACUCAAAUAGUAGUCCAGCUGCUAUGGACCAGCUGCAUCAGCAUCACCAGAGAGAUAGUUAGAAAUGCAGAAUCUCAGGUCCCCAUCCCAAACUUACUGAAUCAAAAUUUCCAUUUUAACAAAAUCUGUAGGUGAUUCCUGUGCCCAUUAAAGUUUUAGAAGCACUGGUUUAUAAGGAGACUCUCCUCAGCCUUGUCACUCCCACUUUCACAUAAAAUAUGUACCUAGAAGGAUAAAUACAUGUGCUACAUUAGACAAGUUAUUAAAUAGACCUGUGUUUGUCAAACUGCAGUUCCACACCCCCUACAUUAGUAGGGAGUUAAACAAAUUCAAUGAGUUGACCUGCAAUGUCUUCAUGAAGUAGGGUAGAAUAAAAUUGAUUAGGGCCAAAUAGUAAAUAUUAGAUUAUAUUGCAGUU